UUUCUUUCUCACUUUCUCUCUCACACAGAGAAAACACACACAUUUGAUACAGAGCACAACAAUGAACAGGUAACACGAAAAAAGAUUCUCGAUUAGAUAUAACAGUUUGCUACUUCCUAAUUCAGACUUCCCUAAAUCAAUCCCUAAUCUCUCAAAUGGAUUCACCGGAGAACUUCGCCGCCGCCGUCGCCGUCGCAUCAUCAGCAGUAAGUUUGGAAUCAGCCGAGAAGAUAAUACUACGGUGGGAUUCAACAGCAUCGGAGGAGGCGCGUGAAAGAACUAUUUUCGACGGUAACCGUCACGAGAUCGAACUAUACCUUCAAGCUGUCGACGAGAUUCAACGCUCCAUGGAAUCGGUUUCAAUCGGUGACCAUGACCAGAGUAAGGCAAGCAGCGCGAUCCAGAUCGCUAUGGCUCGUUUAGAAGACGAGUUUCGUAGUAUAUUAAUAGCUCAUACUGCUCCUAUUGAAGAUGAUUUUCUAUCUGAUCCAAAUCCUUCUAUUCGCUCUACCUUACGAAGCGAUAGUACUUGCAGCGAUUUACAAGAAGACGAAGUUCCUGAAGAAGAAUCCACGUUGAUUAAGGAAUCUGAUGAACUUCGAAGAGGAGAGAGUAGUUUGAGCUGUCAAUCUACUCUUAGUAUUCGUGAGAUUGAUUUGAUACCUUCUGAAGCCAUUUCCGAUCUCCGUAGCAUCGCUGAAAGGAUGAUCGCUGCAGGUUAUGUCCGUGAAUGUAUUCAGGUUUACGGGAGUGUUCGUAAGUCAGCGGUUGAUGCGAGUUUUCGUAAACUAGGGAUUGAGAAACUCAGCAUCGGUGAUAUUCAACGUUUACAGUGGGAAGAACUGGAGACGAAGAUCCGAAGAUGGAUUAAAGCAGCCAAGGUAUGCAUUCGAAUUCUAUUUGCUAGUGAAAAGAAACUCUGUGAGCAAAUCUUUGAAGGUUUAGGGUCUGCAACGGAUGAUGCUUGUUUCAUGGAGACUGUUAAAGGACCAGCACUGCAACUCUUCAAUUUCGCUGAAGCUAUAAGUAUCAGUCGUCGCUCGCCUGAGAAAUUAUUCAAGAUCUUGGACUUGCACGAUGCUUUAUCGGAUUUAUUGCCAGACGUUGGGGAAGUUUUCCCAUCGAAAUCGUCUGAAUCUAUACGUAUUCAGGCUGAAGAGAUACAAUCGCGAUUGGCAGAGGCUGCAAGAGGAAUUCUAUCUGAAUUCGAGAAUGCUGUUCUUCGCGAACCAUCGAGAACUCCGGUACCUGGAGGUACAAUCCAUCCCUUAACAAGAUAUGUGAUGAAUUACAUAAGUCUGAUAUCUGAUUACAAGCAAACCCUACUUGAAUUAAUCAUAUCGAGACCUACAACCGGGUCUAGAUACUCGGGUGAUCAAUCAAUUCCUGAUAUGGAAGAUAUCGAGGUUGAGGGUCGAACUCCAUUAGCCUUACAUUUGAUUUGGAUUAUCGUGAUUCUACAAUUCAAUCUCGAAGGGAAGUCAAGACACUACAAAGACAACUCAUUAGCACAUAUAUUCAUGAUGAACAAUGUCCAUUACAUAGUUCAAAAGAUAAAAGGUUCACCAGAGUUAAGGGAGAUCAUUGAAGACGACUUUUUGAGGAAACUAACUGGUAAAUUUCGCCAAGAAGCAACUAGCUACCAAAGGGCAACAUGGGUUAGGGUUUUACAUUGCUUAAGAGAUGAAGGGCUACAUGUAAGUGGUAGUUUCUCAUCUGGGGUUUCGAAAAGUGCUUUACGAGAAAGGUUCAAGACUUUCAAUGCCAUGUUUGAAGAAGUUCAUAGAACACAAGCAUCAUGGUUGAUUCCGGACUCACAGCUUGGUGAAGAAUUGCGAAUAUCGAUUGCAGAGAAAUUGAUCCCGGCUUAUAGAUCCUUCUUAGGAAGGUUUAGGAGUCAUAUAGAGAGUGGAAGGCAUCCAGAGACUUAUAUUAAGUUCUCAACUGAAGACCUAGAAAUGGCUGUUCUGGAUUUCUUUGAAGGUUACACUGUUUCUCAGCAUUUGAGAAGGAGAUCUCAGUGAUGAUGAUGAUGAAGAAGAAGAAGAAGAAGUGGAACCACCCAGUGAUCUACAUUCUUUAAUUAUUAUUAUUAUUUUUUUCGGUGGAGCUUUCAAGUAGGGUUUGGAAUUCAUGUAUAACUGAGCAUGAAUCGGUUGCUGCUGCUGCUGCUGCUCGGAAUCUGGUCAUUCACACGAAAGCUUCUUCUUCUGCCCUGUAAGGUGCUUGUGUUUUAAUUUUAUAUUUCUUAUGAAUUCUAGAUUUUGGUUAAAUCAUUUGUUCAUAUGCAUUCUUGUGUGUUGUACUCCAAAUAUUUAUACAACUUGUUUUAAUGUCAAGUAAGAUGAAGAAAAGGGUUGGUUAGGGUUCGAU